AAAAACACACAUAACAAAGAUAAUAGAUAUGAGGGGGAAGGUUAAGUUAUCGUUCAUAGAAAAUGAUACAGUGAGGAAAACAACAUUCACCAAAAGGAAGAAAGGAAUCAUGAAGAAACUCCACGAGCUAGUGACUCUAUGUGAUGUUGAAGCAUGUGCGGUCAUCAAUAGCCCGUACAACUCGAUCCCGGAGGCUUGGCCAUCAAAGGAAGGCGUUGAAGAAGUGGUGUCGAAUUUUAUGGAGUUUUCGGUGAUAGACCGGACCAAGAAGAUGGUGGAUCAAGAGACAUUUAUACGUCAAAGGAUCGCCAAAGAAACAGAAAAACUGCAAAAGCUACGUGAUGAGAACCGAAAUUCUCAAAUUCGAGAUUUAAUGUUCGGUUGUCUCAAAGGGGAGAUAGAUGUUUAUCAUCUUCAUGGAAGAGAUCUUCUAGAUUUGAGUUUCUUUAUUGAUAAGUAUCUCAAUGGUCUUAUUCGUAGGGUUGAGAUCCUUACGGAGAACGGUGAGUCUUCUUCUUCUUUACCUCCUCCUAUUGGGGCAGCUCCUAUUGGUGUGGAUGCAUCUGCUCCAAUCGGAUUUGAUGGUCAUAUGAUUCAAUAUCAAAAUCAAGAUCAGCAAAAGCCGGUUAAGUUCCAAUAUCAGGCUCUUUUUGAUUUUUAUGAUCAGAUUCCAAAGAAAAUCCAUGACUUUAAUAUGAAAAUGAAUAUAGAUUCGAAUCAAAGUAUGAAUUUGGAUUUGAAUCAAAAUGUUAAUGUUGGAGAGAACGAGGGCAUUCCUUGCAUGGACAUCAAUAACUACCAUCAUCACUGCUCUCACUGAUGUUUGUGCUCCUAACAUCACCAAUGAUCUCUAGUCUAAAGGAUGUAUUUCGAGUGAAGUGUUUGAUCAUCUGCAUUUUUUGUUUUUUCCAUUUCAGAAAAUAAAAU